CUAAUGUUGUGUUCAGAAAUUUCAGAUUUUUAUAGAAAGACUUACCGCUGUGGAUAAUACAUUGGAAGAAUUGGGUACGCCAAAGCAGUAUCACAAGUUGUACAUGUGUGCAAAAGGGUCGUUAAUUGCAUGGUUAAUAUGUUGUCACGUGGGAAAUAUAUGUGACAUGAUGUGGUGGUUCUAUUCGAAAGAUCAUCGGUAUUUGCUUAUACCCUACAUCAUAAAUUAUUAUUACCAUGUCAACUUGUUUGUGGAUAUACUAUUUCUAAUUAUUCUAUGGUAUAUCGGUACCAGGUUUGACAAGGUGAACGAACACUUGGAAUAUCAGUUAGUAAAAGAGGAAUAUAAUUUGAUAUGUUCACGGAGAAAAACCAUACCAAUCUGUACUGACAAUUACAAGCGCGUAUUAUGGACUUCAAUGCAUCUCCAUUUAGAAUUGUAUCAAAUUGCUCGCCAAUUAAAUAUAAUGUUUGGUAUACAAAUAACCAUGGAACUAGUAGCCUAUCUAAUAGUAAUGUUAAGAUUAUGUAAUUACAUUUAUAUACAUAUACAUACGGGAGGUCGUUCCAUAACUUCAACAUUUAAUUGGAUUUGCCUUUGGUACUGGAUAUCUGUACAUGCAGCUAAGAUAAUUUUCUUUAAUUAUAUCUGCGAAACUGUUAGUGAUAAGUCUAGCAAAAUAACAGUAAUUCAUCGAUUGACAGAGCUCUGUCAAUAUGCUGACGUUCACAAUGAGAUUCAUCAAUUUAUGUUACAAAUAAUGCAACAUCCGUUGAAAUUAACAGGACUGGGCCUUUUCUGUUUUGGCGAUAGCUUUCUACGAAAUCUUGUCAUGACAGUUACAACAUUUAUUAUCAUUAUAAUGCAAAUGUCUUCUGUACCGCUGAAUAAAGAAUACAAUUACUUUUAAAAAACUCAAUCAACUUUCGUUAACUAACACAGAAACAUAAAAGACACAUGAAUUGUUCAUAAAAUUUAUUUCUUUUCUAUUAAUAAAUAUUGUAUGUCUACAUUAUUACUAUGAAGUAAUAAUUGUAUAACAAGGUAGUAAUAAUAUACAAGGUGUCCAAAACGUCCGGCAACGACUAAAUAUCUCGAAAAUAAAGCAUUUUAGAGAAAAAUGUUUUAGACUAAAGUUAUAUGGUUUAAAAGGCGUAUGCGCGCACACACACACACACACACACAGAUGUAAAUUGAACCGUGCAACUCCCACGCGGUACACCUGUAUAAUAAUGUAGUAUAAUAAUGUAG